CAUACAGUUCCUGUCAAUAUUGGUCAAUAUGUUUUGUUAGUCGACGUACAUUGAUUAAAUCUCGUCGGUACAUUUUGUUUAGAAAAAUUCGUUUGUCGAUUAUUCGAUGCAAUUAAGCGCGAAGAGGGGAUUUUUGUUCAUUGUGAAAUUAAGACUAGCCGUGCAGUGUGGAGUCGGAGAACGUCCAAGAUGCCUGUGACACUGGUCGACAGGUUGCCAUUGCCAAACCUCAAGGUUUACUCGGCGGGAAGUGUGCUGCUAUUGUCAGUGGCGGUAUAUUACGCUGUGAAUGUGACUAGUGAUCCCAACUGGAAGGGGAAUUUUACGGUGCAGCGGCAUGAGGAGCAGGAUUCCGACGCAGUAGUGACAAUGGUAGUGGAUCCGCGGGCCAACGGGACCAGGAACCUGACAUCUCACGUAGAAGAAGUUGUCACCUUCAUGAUGCAGGAGCCGCUGUGCAUGUGGACGCUGAUCAACGCGGCGUACUGCUCGCUGGCGCUGGUGGGCGCGCUGGUGCAGCGCGUGGUGUUCGGGCGGCUGCGCGUGGCGGAGGCGCAGCGCGUCAAGGACAAGUUCUGGAACUACGUGUUCUACAAGUUCAUCUUCGUGUUCGGCGUGCUCAACGUGCAGUACGUGGACGAGGUGCUGAUGUGGUGCACGUGGUUCACGUUGCUGGGCUUCAUGCACCUGCUGGGACAGCUGUGCAAGGACCGCUUCGACUAUUUGUCGUCGAACCCGAACGUGCAACGCUGGGAGUACUCCAGAGUACUGAGCCUGCUAAUAGGUCUCCUGUUCAUGUCGUCCACGAUGUUCGGCUGCGCGCUGUCGUGGGGCCUGCCCUUUGGGAAGGACACCUUCGCGUUCAUGGCUGCGGAGUGCGUGCUGGUGGGCGUGGCGGUGCUGCACGUGAUGGCGCGCUUCACGCUGAAGUGGUACGACGCGGACCCGGCCGGGCCCGCCGCCUACUACACGCACCUCACCUUCGACGCGCUGUCGCUGCUGACGGAGACGGCGCACGUGGCGCACAUGGUGGUGUACAGCAACGUGGUGGUGUCCAUGGCCUCGCUGGUGCUGCUCAUGCAGCUGCGCCACCUGCUGCACGCGCUGCUGGCGCGCCUGCGCCGCCACCGCCUCUACGCCGCGCUCGCCUCGCACAUGAGCCGCAAUUACCCGAUGGCAAGCCCUGAAGAAGUUCAGAAGAAUGAGGACAACUGCGCCAUCUGUUGGGAGCCCAUGAAGGAGGCGCGGAAACUUCCUUGCGCGCAUCUGUUCCACAACUCGUGCCUGUGCCGCUGGGUGCAGCAGGACGCGUCGUGCCCCACGUGCCGCCGCGCGCUGUCGGCCGCGCCCGAGCCGCCGCGCGCGCCGCUGGCGCCGCUGCCCGACGUGCGCCCCAACCACCUGUUCCACUUCGACGGCUCGCGCUACGUGUCUUGGCUGCCCAGCUUCUCGGUGGAGGUGACGCGCGUGAGGGACCCACCCGCGCCCCAUCUCCUCGACGCCAUGAUUGAGCAGGUGCAGCAGGUGUUUCCGCAGUACCCGCGCGCGCUGCUGGCCGCCGACCUGGCCGCGUCGCGCUCCGCCGACCUCACCGUCGACAACAUCCUGGAGGGCCGCCUGCCGCGCGCGCGCCCGCCCGCCGCGCCCGCCGCCGCGGGUACGCCCGAGCCGGCGGCCGCGCCCCGCGCCGCGCCGCCCGAGCCGACGCCAGAGGAACGCAGUGAACCGCAAAACCUUUCCUUCGGAACAACCUUCUGCUUCUGCACGGUCGAUGCUAACGUUGCCGCGGGCCGCAGCGCGCCGCGGUUCCCGCACAGCGCGGCGGAGCGCGAGGCCAUGCUGCGCCGCCGCAAGCAGCUGCUGCUCGACAGCGCGCGCCGCCGCUACCUGGAGCGCAUGCGCGCGCGCCCCGCCCCCGCCGCGCCCUCCGCCCCCGCCGCGCCCGCCGCGCCCGCGGGUGGCUCGCCGCGCCUCGCCGCCGAGCCUGCCGAUGCACACGUUAUUGGCGACGGCGGGACGGCUCCCGGCGCAGUUGCUGAAGAUCGGGUCGCCGUCCCCGGUGACGCGGAUACCGCUGAUGUUCAUGUGGACGAGAAUAACUUUGCCACUCACGAUAAUAUUGGCACUGCGGCGGAAGCGAUCCGCGGAACUUUUGAAUCUGACUUUAAUAGUGGUAAUGAGUACACAUCCCCUUGCACUGUUUCCACCGUCUCUCCUACUGUGACCUGUAAUAUUGUCGCCGGCAAUACUGUCACCGGCCCUCGUAAUACUUUUGCUGGCAAUACCGGCAGCGCCACCGGUGAUACUAGCACCUUUAAAAAUACUGCUAGUACUAGUAACGGCAACGGAACUGGAUUGGGAGCGAGUACGAUCAACGUUCUUAACGGUUUUGCCAGUAUUGGCACUGAUGUUUCCACGCCAAUUAAUUUUAAUACUACUUUAAAUAAUGCCAAUACGGUCAUCAGGGCCACCACCAGCGGUGUUAACAUAAGAAAUAAUAACGCUGGCGAUACAAAUAACUGCGAUGAUAAUAAUCUUGCCAGAAACACACGUAAUGUUGAAUCAGUAGAAAAUGCUGCGAGCAACAUGACCAAUGUCAAUCAAAGAAAUAAUAUUGCGAGAAACCUGGCUUAUAUCCCUAUUAGAAAUGACAUUGCCAACAUCGUGGUCAACUAUCCGGGCAUUACGAGUCUACCGAACAACACAUCCGCAACCCGUAGAAGCGUGUUCCGUCGGCUAUUCAUGCGCAUGACGCGCCCUCGGCCUCACGGGCACAUCACCCACGAACAAACUUAUUCCUCCAACUCUAGUGUAUAA